AUGGCCACUUCCUGGAAACUCCCCUUGGCGGCGGCGGCGGCGGCGGCGGCGGCGGCGGCGGCGGGAGAAGCCGCGGAGCCGCCCCCGCCCCCGCCCGCGGGACAGGCCUCUCCGCCCGGCCCGGCCACGAGCGCAGCCCGAGCCCCUCAGCUAAAACCUACCCCCGAAGACUGGGAGCCUGGAGGGGCGGCGGCGGGGGGCGCGCGCCGCGGCCCCCAGCUUCUUUUUCCAGGAGACUCCUGGGCCCCGCGGCGCGGGCAUGACCGAGGUCCAGCUUCAGGGACACGCCCGUUACGCCUCGUUGAAAACCAUCAGGUGAGCCUGGCCGAGGCGGACGUGACUCCUGGAACUCCGGCUCCAGUGCGUCCCAGCUGGCGCCGCGACGUCCUCCUGCCCAGCAACCGGGAACAGCUGGUCGGUGGGAGUGGAAGGCCCCGGCUCCCCUGCGGGACCGGACUGACCAUGGCGCUGGCCGCGGCCGCUGCCGCGGCCGCUGCGGCCGCCGGGGUGAGCCAGGCGGCAGUGCUGGGCUUUCUGCAGGAGAACGGCGGAAAGGUGCGCAACUCUGAGCUGCUGAGCCGCUUCAAGCCGCUGCUCGAUGCUGGCGACCCCCGAGGCCGCGCUGCCCGCAGGGACCGUUUCAAGCAGUUUGUCAACGACGUGGCCGUGGUGAAGGAGCUCGACGGCGUCAAAUUUGUGGUGCUGAGGAAGAAGCCGCGGCCCCGGGAGGGACCAGAGUCCCUUCCCUCCUGCUUCCCGAGCACCCCGGUGGCAUCAGCACCGCCGUCGAAGAUCACCUCCGUCUCACAGGGGGAAACCGCUGCUUCGGGGGCUCCAUCCUUGGCCUCGGCGCAGAGGGCGGUGGAACCACCUGAGGACCCGGCUCCGCCAUCAGAGCCACAGGACACCCCCGGGGCUCAGGACCCUGAGCCCACUGAGCUAACUAAGGGGCUGCUGUUAGUCCCAGACCGUCGGUCAGGGAUGCCCUCGGACCCCCAGAUUACAGCCUUUGAGCUAGCCCAGCCCUCCGAGGGACUCUCUGCAGACGUGGCCCCACCGUCGGAGGCAGCUUUGCCCCAUGCAGAACCGCCAGACCCGGAACCUGCGCCUGGGCUGACAAAAGGGCCGCCACCACCCGCUCUGCGCGCGCUGCCGCAAAAGCCCUGCAUGCUGCCCGUGCGCUGCGUCCCGGGCCCCGCGGCGCUCCGGAUCCGGGCGGAGGAGCAGGGCCUGCGUCGGCAGCUGUCGGAGGAGCCCAGUCCACGGAGCUCCCCGCUGCUGCUGCGGCGGCUCUCAGUUGAGGAGUCCGGCCUGGGCCUCAGCCUGGGCCCCGGCCGCUCCCCGCACCUGAGGCGCCUGUCGCGCGCCGGCCCUCGCCUGCUGAGCCCGGACACCGAGGAGGUGCCCGCCGCACCACCGCCGUCCGCCGUACCCCUGGAGCCGGCCGAACACGAGUGGCUAGUGCGGGCUGCCGGGGGCCGUUGGACCCACCAGCUGCACGGGCUGCUGCUGCGCGACCUCGGCCUGGCGGCCAAACGCGACUUCAUGUCUGGUUUCACGGCCCUGCAUUGGGCCGCCAAGAGUGGCGACCUUGAGAUGGUGCAGCAGCUGGUGGAGAUCGCGCGGCGUGGAGGCGCGCGGGUCGACGUGAACGCGCGCUCACACGGCGGCUACACGCCGCUGCACCUGGCGGCUCUGCAUGGCCACGAGGAUGCAGCGGUGCUGCUGGUGGUCCGCCUGGGUGCGCAGGUGCACGUGCGUGACCACAGCGGGCGGCGCGCUUACCAGUACCUGCCAUCAGGCGCCUCCUACGCGCUUCGCCGCCUACUUGGCGACCCCGGCCUGAGAAGCUCUACCGAGCCCGAUGCGACCGGUGGUGGUAGUGGCGGUUUUGCGGCCCGGCGCCCGGUGCAGGUGGCCGCCACCAUCCUCGGUUCCACCACCAGCGCGUUUCUGGGCGUCCUGGCCGACGACCUGAUGCUCCAGGAUCUGGCUCGAGGCAUGAGGAAGUCAGGCUCCUUAAGCAAAUUCUUGGGUGCCUCGCCCAUGGCUCCUCGUAAAAAGACAAAAACCCGCAGUAGUCUGCAAGUCUUUUCAGAAAUCUCCCGUCGACCCACUCCGGGGCCCUUGGCUGGUCUAGUGCCCAGCCUACCCCCAGCAACCUGA